CAAGCGCGUAGCAUGGUGGUGGUGAAAGGCAAGGACAAGCGGCGCGGAAAUGAGUCGGACAAUUUGGAGGUGAUUUCGCACACCAAGGGCUUGCGGACGUUGGGCGGCCCGUCGUCGGGUCGGUUUGCAGCUGACAUGCGCGUUCGAGUCGGUGGCUAUGGUCGGCCCGAUCAGACGUGGGGCGUGGACCAUCCCUGGCACAAGACAUCUGACGUCGAUUUACAUCAGGUGAUAAGUGCAAAGGACCGCAUGGAGGACGGUGCACUUGUGGAACAGAAGCCUCAGGGUCAUGGUUUGAGUCGCGCUGCGCUCAAGCGAAAGAAAAAGCAGCAAAAACACGGCAAGGCCGAGCCAGCUCCAGUUGUCGAGGCCGUUGUAGCGCCACCGUCCACAAAACCGUCCAAAGAAGCAGCAGAGACCAAGUCAUCUGUCACAGCCAAUUCGUCGAAACUGUCUCUGUUUGACGACAGCGACAACGACGACAACGCACCAGACGACGACACACCGGCACCCGCAGCCAAGAAACCAAAGGUGGUGGCCAAGCCAUCCGACACCAAACCAGCAAAAGCUGCGAAGAAACUCCCUCAAAAGUCUAAACGAGAGCUCCAGAAACAACAGCGUGACAAGGAGGCUGCCGAGCGCGACCUGGCCUUGCUGGUCGAAGAGAAGCCCGUGCUACUCGUCCUCCCGCUCGCCGAGCGCGAGGCGCUGGUGGCUCAGUACGAUGCCGCCCUGGGUAGCGAAAUCAAAUCCUCGAGCGGGCUCAUCUUGCGGGACACACAGCUGGGCCGUGGCCAGCUGCCCCAGGCAGGCCAAAUGCUGACAGUCCGGUACAAAGGAUCGCUGGGGCAAGGCGGUACCGUGUUUGGCAAAGGGAUGCUCAGUGUCAAGUUUGGAGAAGGCGCCAUCAUUUCCGGAUGGGAAGAAGGCUUGGCGACGAUGCGGCCGUCGGGGAAGCGGAUGCUCACCAUUCCCCCCGACCUGGCGUACGGAGCAUCGGGCAAAGGGGAAAAAAUCCCACCACACAGCACGCUCUUCUUUGACGUGGAGCUCGUGCGAAUUGGCACGCGGCAACGCGACGCUGUUGGAGAAGACGACAUUCCCCUGCCCAAAGCGUUUGUGCGUGCCCGGAUCAAGGAAAAAUCCUCGUCCGACUCGAAACACCAAUCCCACGACACUGACAACACUACCAACCACAAAAGUGGGAAAAAUCCUUCCAGCGACAAAAAAGCCGUUAAGUCGUUCAGGGACAAAAAGGGGAAAAAACCCUCCCAGCCAAAAGCAUCCAGUGGGGACAAGAAGCGGGAGUAGUAUUGUGAAAUUCGCGAUAAACGUCCAAAAUUCGCCUGGUUUGUCGAAUCAAUAU